CAUGUCAACUUCCUUGAAAUGUGAGAGAAACACGGUCGUCUUCACCAUUGCUUGCAGAGAGACUGAAAGCAUUUCAUCAUGACUGAUCUUCACAGAUGGAUCUUUGCAUCCUGGUUAAUAUUUUACUUGUCAAUGUGUAAAUGUGACGUCCUAGUACAGUAUUUUGAAGGUGAAAGGGCAACUUUGCCAUGCAAGUAUGACAGUCGAUAUCAUGGAAAAUGUCACAUAUGCUGGAUGAAAGGAGAUAUUCCCAAAAUGGGAUGUGGUGAUGAAAUUAUAGCAAGUGAUGGUUAUAAAGUAGUAAGGAGAACGUCACACAGAUACCAGCUGACAGGAGACAUCCCGCAUGGAGAUGUUUCUCUGACGAUCAGUAACAUCCAGAAAAAAGACUCUGGCAAAUAUGGAUGUCGCAUACAUGUUCCUGGAUGGUUUAAUGAUGAGACGUAUAACGUCAACUUGAUUGUUAAAGACGCACCUACUCCAACAACACAGGAAACAGUGUCCGUGCCCAGCAUCACCUCUGAGCGUCAAACAACAGUAUUCACCUCAGACAUGACAGAGGCAACUGUUUCGACCACACCAGAACCUGUGGCUGUAACCACUAUACCAGGCUCUGUAACCACUUUCCCAGGCGCUAUAACCACUAUACCAGGCGCUAUAACCACUAUCCCAGGCGCUAUAACCACUAUCCCAGGCUCUAUAACCACUAUCCCAGGCUCUAUAACCACUGAAUCAAAGAGCACUCACACAGCGACAGACAUUCACACAACAAAAGAGAGUUCUACAAUCUUUGGUUCUUCAGAAAGCAGCACUACUGCGCUGUGGCCCUCUAAUACAACACACGACAACGUUGUUGACUAUCAUGAACAAUCCUUGGUGGUAAACAAAAAGAGCGUGAACACAUCUGCGAUUAUUGUGCCUGUUCUACUGUUAUUGUUGGGUGUAAUAGUAAUUGCUGUCAUUCUGACAUGGAAGCAAAAGAGGAAGAGCAGAGCAGUGGCAGAAAUUGCUCAGAACUCAGAGAACGCUGUCAUCUACAAUAACUCGGGCAGCACUGUUGGCCUGUACAGCAGAGAGAUGGCCGUGAACAAUAUCUAUCAGAUAGAGCCUGAAACUGAAUAUGAACAGUGGCAUUAAUAUCUUACAUUGACUUCUGAUGGUUUUAUAUUGGUCGGUGGACUGGACACCUAAUUUUAUUGUUUUUCAGUUUGUGACCGAUGUAUUGUGAAAUCACAGACUAAACUAGACUAACCUUUAGUCUCCUGAAAAAUAAAUAUUGUAUGCCAACCCCUCUUUCGUAGAGUGCCUAACAUAUUGUAACGCUAUUUUUUUAUUGAAAUGUAUCUUUAUUUUUGUUCACUUAAAUUUUUUGAAUAAUUUACUGAACUUGAGUUUGUAGAAUAAAACCUUAGUCAUAGCACAUUUUACAUAAACAGCUUAUAAGAGUUUAUGUUAAACUAGAUCAACGAAGGUCAUUGUUAAAACUUAGUGUAAGUUUAUAAAAAUGUGUAAGUCAAUAAAAAAAUGAAAUCACGAA